CGUUUUUUGAGCUUAUGGGUGGGAAAUGACUUAGAAGAUAGUGUUGACUUGUUGUCCACGCUCGUGAGCUACUAGAGGAAUAUCAAUCCAAGUACAUGAUCAAGAUGAGUUUAAAGCCUCUGACGAGGACGACCAGCGAACACCGAUUUUAGAGGAAGCCGUAGCCGCGACAACAUGGACGCAAUAACAGAUGAGCAGCUCGCGACCUGCGAGGGUGUCCUCUCCGCCAUUUACACCCUAGAUGCAGAAGAGCUCGAAACCCAGUGCGCUCUCGGCGAGGACGGUGAUGCCAGAGGGAAGCAAUUCAAAGCUAUCCGACGAUUAGUAAACCAGUUAGCGGCGCGAAGCUUGCCCAACAAGAAGACUUUGGAUAACAAAGCCAGAAAGAAGGAGGAAAAAAUCAAAAAAGCAUGGAGAAAGCAAACGAUGAUGGCGGUCGAUCAGAAGCGCAUGGAGAGUGUUGGUACCUUUUAUUUGUGAUUGGUUAUAUUGCUCUUCAAAGAGAGCCCAAUGCUGUACAGAACUGAGAAUGAUGAGAGCAUACAUUUUUCACAGACCUGUUCUGAAAACGAACUAUGUGGAAGGUAAUGUCAUGCACCACUCUGACCUCUGCGAAAUACACAGCGAUUUAUCCUAGACUUAUUAUCUUUACUGGUCACCUUCGCCUGUAUACAGCUUCUGCAAUGUUGAGCAGGAGCGAUUCGGAUUAGACGAACCACAUGCACGAUCAUCACGAGCUCAACGACGACAAGCACAAAAAUAGUACAUCUCAAUCACGACAGGAUGAGAACAUACAUCACCUUUCACAGAUCUGUUCUGAAAAUGAACUAUGUGGAAGAAAUGUCAUGCACCACUCUGACGAAGUCAAAGAACACCGACUAAAUCCUAGUACUCACUCUAGUGUUAAUAAUACGGACCGUAGUACUCACACCAGGAGUGUGCAUAUGUGAGGAUCAGUAUCAGGUCAAGAUCCUGUCUGCUACUGGAGCCUCCUUUUUAGCAUGAUGAACAAACUUUUCUUCAAGCUCAACAGACCUGAACUUCUUUUAGUAGGGUUGUUGUGCUGACAAAGAUUUCUCCGCUGUUCUGAAGAUUACUCCAGUAGAAGAAGAAUCAUGAUCUAAUUCUGAACCUAUCGAACCAGUUACAAUUACAGUACUCUUAGACUAGUAGGGAUACAGCAACGCAACUUGCGUGCUGGAUCAAGCAGGCACGCGGAAGCCGUUUUAGCAUGAUGAGCAACCUUUUCUUCAAGCUCAACAGACCUGAACUUCUUUUAGUAGGGUUGUUGUGCUGACAAAGAUUUCUCCGCUGUUCUGACAUCAUUAGCGAUCAUUUUGACUACUAGCUUCGGACGAUGAUGAUCGCAGGACUUAACAGCUAGCAAGGUAGAUGAAUCUAACUAGGCUACAUAGUAAAAAAAUCUCAAAGCACGUCUCGCUUAGUAUGAUGACAACCUUGACAUACCACAGACCUGUUCCGAAAAUGAACGAUGUGGAAUAUCUCAACAACCAUGCAUCACCACUCUGACAACUGCGAAAUUACCCUACAGUAGCCAUUCUGUGUCGUUAAAUCAGCCUGAAGUAGCAGGCUUACGGUGCAAAAGACCACUCCCAUGAUGACAAAAUUGAUAGGUCUCGUUCGUCUGAGAGAUGUGAUGAGACACUUCAACAUCACCCAUAGUCUGACCUUGAAUCUCUUAAACUAGGAAUCAAAUUCAAGUAUUUCAUUGCCAUUUUAGGUGCCUUUUCUAAGUUAAUGAUCUAUCACAUCAAGUCUCGUAUCCUCCCCAAAUCAACUUUCUUUCAGCUCUCCGCCAAGGCCGCUUGCAAGCAAUGGCAAGCCUGUGUGACGUCAACGAAGCAGGAGCCGACGAAUUGCGGUUAGUUCCGGACGGCGCGACAUUUCACGCUUUCGACCAGCCUAACGUAUUAGAGGCUGUGGAAAAUGACAACGGAGAGGGUGGCAUUAGUGCGAUUGUAGAGGACGAAGAAGUAGCUGCGGAACAAGACGUCGCUGAGCAUGCUGCAGCUGUCUCCGCUCCCAGCCAAGAAGAAGGUGGAAGCAGUUCAUCGUCUUCAACGCCCAUCAACAUCGAGAGCCCAGACCAACAAGAUGAACCACCAGCAAAAAAGAUCUGUAUUUCUUCCUCCAACGGCUGUGGUAAUGACAAUAAUGGUCCUCUCACAGACCUCGAGCGACCCCGUUCCUGUUACGUGUGCAAAGCCAAGUAUUGGAAGUUACACCACUUUUACGACUCCCUGUGUCCGCCCUGUGCCGCUUUGAACUUUUCGAAGCGAUUCCAGCAACCGAAGCUGGAUAGUUCCUACAUUUUUCUCGUUACGGGUGGUCGGGUUAAAAUCGGAUUUCACACAGCUGUGAAGUUGCUGAACGCAGGUGCAACGGUUUUGGUCACGUCGCGUUUUCGGAAUGACACUCUAGAGAGAUUCGUUGGCUUCUUUGGACGAGAGAAGUUCUUCGAGAAAGCGACAACAGGCGAUGCAUCAUCUUCAAAGAGUAUAGCAGACCGAUUGAUCCUUCUCGGCGUCGACCUUCGCUUUUUACCACGCGUGGAAGCAUUGUGCGACUAUGUGACAGAGAAUUUCCCGUAUUUAAACGGUGUCAUUCACAACGCGUGCCAGACGAUCCGUAGACCGCAAGCCUACUACGAACCUCUGCGAGAGAAGGAGGCGCUGAUGCCUGGUGAGGUGCUGAGACGACAGGCAGUCGAAAACGGAGUCGAGGACUUGACGCAUGUUAAUGCGGGUGACUUCGCGGGUUGUGGUGUGUCGAAAUCGAUGUGUCCAACACAAGGCGUGUUUUACGACUAUGGGUGGUCCAAGAUCGCUUCAACGGCGUCCCUCGAAUCCCCAACCAAAACGAAUGGGUGCGGAGGAAGCGAAUCCGUUGCGUCGACUCCGAGCACAGCAUCUUCGGUUCCGGAAGAAAGUGCUGACCGCACUAACGGCCUUGCUCAGCCAUCGACCAGCGCUGCUCCCUCAUCCGAAACCCGAAUAGAGCGCCAACUCGAUGCCACCACGCAAGCGCAGCAACUAUUGCUCCAGACCAAGGACGAUGCGCGUGUUCAGUUGGGUUCAAGAGAGUUGCCUGGGUACACUGACGUCAACGGUCAAUUGAUUGACUACAGGGAUCGACAUUCUUGGGUCUUCAAAUUGGAAGAAGUCGAGACUCCGGAGUUGGUCGAGUGCUUUCUCAUUAAUGCCAUGGCUCCUUUCGUGAUGAACGGAAGGUUGAAACCGCUGUUAGAGAAAGCACCGCAUAGCGUAACGGCGGAUGUUGUUGCAGGUACUAGUAAUGAUUUCGUGAGUUUAACUCUAUUUUUGCAAUUGACUAUACAUAUACUACAUUUCCAUAUGACCCUUCCAAUUGAAAUUCGGAAGGGUCUAAACUUUUUCUCUGUCUUUUACCCUGUGACUGUGCCAUUCUCUUCACGACAGGCCUCCCAAAGCCCACCAAGCUCCGCACUCCCCGCUUCAUCGUCAAUGUCUCUGCUAUGGAAGGCAAGUUCUACCGGUACAAAACACCGAACCAUCCACACACCAACAUGGCGAAAGCGGCGCUGAACAUGAUGACCAAAACCUCUGCAAGAGAGUAUGCGCAGAAGAGCCAGAUCUAUAUGAAUAGUGUCGAUACUGGUUGGAUUAAUGACGAAAAACCAGUAAAAAUGGCACACGCUCACGCUACCAGCCAACAGUGGCAGACACCGAUUGAUGAGGUUGAUGCGGCAGCUCGGAUCUUAGACCCGAUUUUCGCUUUUAUCCCUGAUGUAGAGGGAAAGAGGGUAGUGGACAUGAGUGCACGAGAGGAUCCAGACGCAGAUGGAAUUGUAGCAGGUCAAGAUACAGGACUCUGUGGACCUGGCGUCACGAGCACGACCGCGGGAGCGAGUGGAAAAGCGAAAGCUCCUGCAGAGCCUCCGUAUGGUGUGUUCCUGAAGGAUUACAGAGAGACGGAAUGGUGAGUGGACCCUACCUGCUUCUACGUGCGAAACAGUUUUCUGAAUCCCGCCUGUUCGAAAUCCCAACGAUUGAAGAUUUCCUCUGACAACAAUGCUAGCACUAUCCCUAAUUUACGACAAUUCUUCACUACUUUUCGCGAAAAAUGAAAUCGAAAUCCUCAAUGCUUUUACUCGUUAAUUUUCAUUGAAUCCGAAGUCAGGACUUCUUAUCCCGCACCACAUGAAGUACCUGCAUUUGCCUGUACUCGUAAACUCGUUGUCCGUGUUCG